AUGACACUUAGCGUUCUCUACGUUGCAGUUGCACUGUGCGUGAUGGCGCGCGCAGCUCCCCCAGCAUCACCACGCUUCUAUCAGCACCCAUCUCAACUCCAGCAAAUUAACCCAGUGGACUAUUAUUUAGAUAAUCCAGACGCGGUUAAUUAUUACAAUCAGCCACAACAGAAACAAGGAAAUAUAAAUACAGCGUCAAACGGUGCUCCGGCUAGGCUAGAGACCCUGGAGCCCGACAGUGAGGUAGAGUUGAUCCCUGGUACUCAGCAGCCUCAGCAGCCACCACAACAGACUCCAGUGUCGCCUAACAUUCCCGGUCUACUUCCUGGACAAAGAGUGUUCAUAGUGCACAUGCCCGUCCCCGGAUACAGGCCAGGCACCAUAGGUGGUUAUCAGCCAGUGUACAUAGUGGCCGCGGCGCCACAAGGAAACUCUUAUGGAGCUAACGGCUUCCAAAACACGGUUCUGUUAGAUCCAUCUGGGCAAGUGGUGUCGCCUCUGGGUUAUAGCGGAAUCUCUGGUGUCAGUCACGCCAACCCAGGACUAUUACUGGGGGCUCCUCCCGCUCCUCCCGCGUACAACAGACCCUUCAACGUUGUCUACCAGGACCCCGCCCCUUACCAAGCUCCAGGAGGCGAAGCACCUCACGGUGCCGUACGUCUGGCGCAGACGGCGAUCUUACAGGGCCCAGUUGCUAGCUUCAGACCUCAAUCUGAAGCAGUCACAAGCCCUGAUUCUAAAAGACCUGGUCAGGAAUUCGAAAAUCUCGAAACCAAAGAAAAUCUAGAAGAACCGAGAAGGAACGCGAGACCAGCGCCUUCACAUACACAAAUUAGGAACAAAGCUUGA